AUGGCUCCUAUCACUGUCCCUGGACAGAGCUGGAGCCCCGGAGACAAUGGGACAGGGACAGAGCUGGAGCCCCGGAGACAAUGGGACAGGGACAGAGCUGGAGCCCCGGAGACAAUGGGACAGGGACAGAGCUGGAGCCCCGGAGACAAUGGGACAGGGACAGAGCUGGAGCCCCGGAGACAAUGGGACAGGGACAGAGCUGGAGCCCCGGAGACAAUGGGACAGGGACAGAGCUGGAGCCCCGGAGACAAUGGGACAGGGACAGAGCUGGAGCCCCGGAGACCAUACACACCACAGGACUAUGUAUCAAAGACCAUACACACCACAGGACUAUAUGGAUCUUCUCACCUCAUCUUUCUCUUCCAACACGCUUCAGGAUUCAGAAAAGAUUGGUUUGAAACAGAGUCUUUGGACUACUCCUAA